AUGGACCACGUUUCUGGAGUUGGUCAGAAACCAAUUGAUUUAGGAGAAUCUGAACUUCAGUGGGACAGCACCAGUGGAGAUGACUGGGAUCUCCUCUUGUGCAGCAUCUUUCAUCCAUAUCCUCCUUAUCACAAGUACCAUCAUCCAGGAGACCUUAUGGUUGGUGGAAUUGCAUCUCAACUUGGUCCAGUCUCUGAAGAUGUCACCUUUGCAGAACACCCCCCACCAGUACUGCCUGGACAGUUUAUUGGAGUUCCUAAGAAUUACCAGCACAUCCUGGCUCUGGCAUUUGCAGUAAAGGAGAUCAAUGAAAACCCACAGAUCUUACCCAAUCUCACCUUGGGCUUCCAGAUUUAUGAUAGCUAUGACAAUGCUCAAAGGACCUAUCAGGCCACCAUGCUACUCCUAUCAGCAACUGAGAGAUUGGUCCCCAACUACCUAUGUAACAUCCAGAAUAAUGUCAUCUCUGUUAUUGGAGGACUGGAUGCCCAAAUCUCCCUUCAUGUGGCAACUAUCUUGGAUAUCUAUAAGAUUCCACAGCUUAUUUAUGGCUCGGCUCCACUGAUGAAUGAUAAAACCCCAGGCCUUUCCUUUUACCAGAUGGUUCCCCCAGAAGCCCUUCAGCAUGCAGGGAUUGUCUCGCUGCUCCUGCAUUUUAGGUGGACAUGGAUUGGGAUCCUUACCAUGGACAAUGACCAAGGGGAAAAAUUUGUACAAAUGGUGAUUCCUCUUUUUUCCAAAAGGGGGAUUUGUUACUCUUUCAUUCAACAAUUCCCCAAAGUAACUGAUUUCACUAGACUUGAUGGCAUGCUUCAGCAGGGGGCAAAAAUCUAUGAGGAUGUCAUGGGUGGUAAAGCUAAUGCAUUGGUGUACAAUGGAGAAUCUUUUGCCAUGGGAAAUUUGUUAUGGCUGCAAUAUAUUCAAAAUGUAGAAGAAGUGAGAAGUAAACCAAAAGGUAUUGUGUGGAUAAUGACAGCACAGAUGGAGUUCAGCUUAAUCCCUUUUCAACGUGCUUGGGAUAUCAAAAUAAUCGAUGGUGCCCUUUCCUUCACAGUGCACUCCACUGCUCUACCAGAGUUCAGAUCUUUUGCUGAGAAACUAAACCCCUUCAUCGCAAAGGAGGAUGGCUUUAUCAGACAGUUCUGGCAAGAGGCUUUUGACUGUGUAUUCCCAGAUACAAUUAUGAGUGAUGUGGAUGAGACCCUUUGCAAUGGAAAAGAGAAUCUGGGGAGCCUUCCUGGGACCUUUUUUGAAAUGGACAUGACUGGUCACAGCUACAGCAUCUACAAUGCUGUUUAUGCCAUAGCUCAUGCUUUACAUGCUCUCUCCUCCUCUAGAAAUACUGAGAGAUCAGUGAAGGACGGAGUAGGAAGGAAGAUUCAUAGUCAAGACUUCUGGCAGCUCCAUUAUUUUCUGAGAAGUGUUGCUUUUAACAACGGUGCAGGGGAACAGAUAUCCUUUGAUCAGAAUGGGAUUAUAGCAGCUGGAUUUGAUAUUAUCAACUUGAUUGCUUUUCCAAACAAAUCUUUUCUUCAUGUGAAAGUUGGAAAUGUGGAUCAUUCAGCUCCUCCAGAUAGAAUAUUAACCAUCAAUAAUGACAUCAUUACAUGGCACAGCUGGUUUAACCAGGCGAUACCUGCUUCUGUCUGCAGUGAGAGCUGUUAUCCUGGUUUCAGCAAACAAGUGAAGGAAGGAGAGCCAUUUUGCUGUUAUGACUGCAUCCCAUGCCCAGAAGGGAGGAUUUCAGCCAAGAAUGACAGAAAUGAAUGUUCUAGAUGCAAAGACAAAUACUAUCCAAACAAGAAACGCAAUGUUUGUAUUCCCAAAAGUAUUAGUUUCUUGUCUUAUGAAGAACCUUUAGGGAUCAGUUUAGCCUGCCUUGCACAUUCUUUUUCUCUGACUACGGUUCUUGUGCUUGGAGCAUUUCUGAGGCACCACAACACUCCCAUCGUCGUAGCCAACAACCGGGAUCUGACCUACAUUCUACUCAUCUCCCUCCUGCUCUGCUUCCUUUCGGCACUGCUAUUCAUUGGCCAGCCAGGAAAAUUGACUUGUCUCCUCCGACAAACAACUUUUGGCAUGGUCUUUUCAGUGGCUGUUUCUUCGGUCAUGGCAAAAACCAUCACCGUGGUUGUGGCUUUUAUGGCCACCAAACCAGGAUCCAGGAUGAGGAAGUGGGUGGGGAAAAAAUUAACUAAUUGCAUUAUCGUUUCCUGCUCCCUCAUCCAAGCAGUCAUUUGUACUCUGUGGCUGACAAUGGCUCCCCCAUUCCCAGAUGUUGAUAUGACCUCAGUGACUGAAGAAAUUAUCCUGCAAUGCAAUGAAGGCUCUGUGACCAUGUUUUAUUGUGUCCUUGGCUAUAUGGGUCUCCUAGCUCUUAUCAGCUUCACCACAGCUUUUCUUGCCAGGAAAUUACCUGACAGCUUCAAUGAAGCCAAGUUCAUCACCUUCAGCAUGUUGGUCUUUUGCAGUGUUUGGUCAUCCUUUGUCCCAGCGUACCUGAGCUCCAAGGGGAAAUACAUAGUGGCUGUGGAGAUCUUCUCCAUCUUAGCCUCGGGUGCUGGGCUUCUGGGUUGCAUCUUUUUCCCCAAAUGUUACAUCAUUCUAUUUUGGCCAGAACUGAAUAACAGGGAACAACUAAUCAGAAGAAAGGACUGA